AUGAAUGACCAAGUCAAGUCUCGCCGAAAGCAUGGCACUCGGGUUGUCGACAAACCAAAUUCUCAUGAUGACUUCAAGCAAGCGCAACUCACUGGGGGAUGGAUACCCGGCAUGGAUACCAAGGUGGACUACGCAGGGGAAUUCGAGUUCGGUGGUUCACUCGGAACCUUGGCACUCAUGAUUGGUUUUCCGUUGCUAAUGUGGUACAUGUGGAUCGGCGCUACCUACUAUGAUGGGAAGCUACCUCUGCCACAAAAUGGAGAGUCCUGGACGGACUUUGGAAAGCAUCUGUGUCACCUUGUUUACACCGGUGCAUUCCCGCACUUCAAGGCGUGGCGCAUCUACUGGACAUUCUACAUCUUCGAGGCAGCAUGUUAUAUCUUCAUGCCCGGAUUCACGUGCUAUGGGAAGCCUCUUCGCCAUCUGGAAGGCAAGCGGCUGGAGUACUAUUGCUCAGCCUACAGUAGCUUGUACUUCACAAUCGUCAUCAUGGUCGUUCUGCACUACACUAGACUGUUCCCCAUUUACACUAUCCUGGAUGAGUUCGGUCCUCUGAUGUCCGUGGCGAUUCUUUCCGGGUUUCUUGCCAGCUUUUUCGCUUAUUUUUCUGCAUUUGCUCGCGAUGCCCAGCACCGUAUCACAGGCUACCCAAUCUAUGAUUUCUUUAUGGGAGCCGAACUGAACCCACGUUUGUUCGGGAUCCUGGACUUCAAGAUGUUCUAUGAAGUCCGUAUCCCAUGGUUCAUGCUCUUGGGCUUGAGCUGCGCGGCUGCCACUCGUCAAUAUGAACUCUACGGAUACGUAUCUGGUGAGGUUUUGUUCCUUGUCAUGGCGCAUUUCCUUUACGCCAACGCCUGCGCCAAGGCAGAACACCUCAUCACCACAACAUGGGACAUGUACCAGGAGAAACUGGGAUUUUUGUUGAUCUUCUGGAACAUGGCUGGUGUGCCAAUGUCUUACUGCCACUGCGUUCUGUACCUGGAUAGUCGCCAUCCGUCAACAUAUGCGUGGAACAAAACUGCAUUGAUUGUAUUGUUCGCGUCCUACCUUUGCGUCUACUGGGUCUGGGACACUGCAAACAGCCAGAAGAAUGCCUUCCGCAUGAUGGAGCGAGGCAAAAUGGUGGAGCGCAACACAUUUCCCCAGCUUCCUUGGAGACAUAUCCACAACCCAAAGACACUCGUGACAGAGGACGGCAAUACUAUUUUCGUUGAUGGGUGGUAUCGAUUGGCUCGCAAGAUCCAUUACAGCUGCGAUAUGUUUUUCGCUUUGUCAUGGGCAUUGAUCACCGGGUUCGACAGUCCCCUUCCCUGGUUCUACCCUGUUUUCUUCGCGGUCAUGAUUGGCCACCGUUCCAUGAGGGAUAUCAACAAAUGUAAAAACAAGUAUGGGGUCACAUGGGAUGAGUACGAGAAGCAGGUUCCGAGCCUCUUCAUUCCGCGCGUUAGCCACACCGUCAAAAUAAAACUCCCCACAACCAAGACCCGACUACCCACCGACUCCGAUCUGUCCAAGGAGCUCGGUGCAGACGGAUUCACUGCGGUGGCGCUUGUUGGAGAUGGAAAAGAUCAAAAGAUCGAGGUGAUCGGGACCGCAAGUAUGAAGAAAUGGAAAGACGACGGCCUUUGGACGCCUGCCACCAAACACGGGCAUGAUGCAAAUCCCCUCGAGGAUGAAGACGCAGCCAAUAAUGGACGUGCUGAUCAGAUGCCUCACCGACAUGUCGGUCCAGGAGAUUAUGAGCUAGCUGUUGUUGCGCUUCCACCAGAUCCAAAAUACCGCGGCAGGGGUCUUGCUGAACAUCUUGUGAAGGCGUGUGAAGAGGAGGUUUCGCAUCGGCAUCGGGUGAAUGUAAAGGAUGUGUCCUCUCCCUCUCCGGUACGGAUUAUGACUCGGUUUGCUAAAGAAGAUACUGGUAGCUACUGGUUAAAACAGGGCUUCGCCGUUAUUGGUAGCCAGAAGUGUCCCAAGGGCUUCUGGGGUUCGUCGGAGGAGUUUACUACGUGGGCUAUAAUGCGAGAGUUGUCAACAAUAUAG